AUGGUUUCCCGUGCUGUCCUCGCCACCGUUGUGGCUGCUGCGGUCGUGAACGCUCAGUUCCCCGCCAACUUCCCUGCUUGCGGUACCACCUGUAUCAACAACAUGGCCGGCCAGAGCAGCGCCCUGGGCUGCCCUUCGUCUACGGACUACAAGUGCCUGUGCAGCAACGAGAACUUCAUCUUCGGCAUCCGCGACUGCUCGUACGAGUCUUGCGGCAGCGACUCCAACGCCGCUGAGGUUGUCAAGUACGGUGUCUCCCUCUGCUCGUCGGCUGGCGUCGCUGUUCACACCACCACUACUACUGGUGGUGCUGGCGGUGCUGGCGGCCACACUGGCACCACCACUGGCGGCAGCGAGCCCACUAGGACCGGCGGCGCUGGCUCUGGCUCGACCACGACCGCCGGUGGCAGUGGCGGUGCUGGUGGUGUCGGCGGUGGUGCCGGCGGUGGUGCCGGUGGCUCGGGUGGUUCUGCCACUACGGGUGCCUCUGGAACUGGCGCUGGCAAGACUGGCGGCGCUGGUUCUGGCAACGGUGGCAGUGGUAGCGCCACCGCCACUAGCACGGGUGCUUCUGCCUCGGGCACUGGUGGUGCUGGCGGUGCUGGCGGUGCCGGCGGCGCUUCCGGCUCGGGCGCUGGUGCCUCGGGUGCCAGCGGCAGUGGUGCCGGCGGUGCUAGCGGCACUGGUGCUGGCGGUGCUGGCGGUGCCGCCGGCUCGGCCACCUCCAAGGCUGGCGAGGCUGGCAGCUCUGCUACUUCCAAAGCCGGUGAGGCUGGCAGCUCGGCCACCUCCAAGGCUGGUGGUGCUGCUGGCUCGACCUCUUCGAGCAAGGCUUUCGCUCCCAUCGUUACUGCUGCCCCCGUUGGCAUCCUGGCCGCUGCUGCCGGUGUUGCCGCCGUCCUGCUGUAA